UAAUUCUUCGAUCGAUUGAACGACAGCAUACAAUAUCUCAGAGCCUGUCAUCUCACGCACUUUGGGCAGUAAUUUAUACCGAACCUUUGAUAAUUUAUUGACGAUAUCUCAUUGGCCAGCAGACUGACAUCAGCCCGCGCAAAAAGUAAAAUUAGGAAUAAACGGAAUUCAUAUAUAGCGCGAAUGAAUAAUGAUUUCGGUGUAGAAUGAUAAAAAGGGAGAUUCAAUAACGCUUAUAACAAAACAAAAAAGUAAAUUAAAUAAAAAAUAAGAUAAAAAUAAAACAUAAAGCAGCGCAUAAAAGACGAAAGCUCUAUUAUAUUUUCGGAUUUGUAAAUCUACUUGGAGAAAGAAAUCCAGAUCAUGAUGAAAAUGUGGAACUCUAUGAAAUUAACAAUUUAUUACAGUAUCUGUCUGACAAUAGUAAAUGGAAAAAUGUUCUCCCACAAACAAAGGUCACUUCCAUUUAAUCGAAUAUCCGCCGGUGUACCGUCCGAAAAUUAUGAAACUUCAAUUACUAAUCCGGAGCAAUCCGAUUAUGCCAGUCAUUCGGAUAUAUCUGAUAAAACGGUUCUGUCGAAUGGUGAAGAUACAAAUGUAAGAAGCAAUUUAUAUGUCCACAGAAAUGUUUUCAACACUAAUGCGAAUCGGCGAAACGACAAUUAUAAAAAGAUUGUAAACUGGCCUAAUGGUGGGCUAAAUGAACCAAUUAUGAAUAAUGGAAAACAAAUUGGAUUAAAAAGCGGAACAUCACUCAUUUCGGAUAGACAAAGUUCACGAGCGAAUCGUCUCCGAAGAAGUGAUAAUUCUAGAUUUUCUGAUAAAAAAUUAUCGCCAAAUGACAUCAUCCGACUUUUAUCAGCGACUGAGCAACUAAAUGACAGGAUGGUGGACAUUUCACCUUAUGAUAUUGAUAGCAACAGCGCUGAAACUAUUCAAAGAGAUACCGAUGCUGACUUGGACUUUCCGUCGAAUGAACCUUCUUUCCAUCGGGACAGGAAGGGUUUCCGCUCAUCAGUAGUUGAUAGGGUCGCACAUGGUUUCGGCAAGAGAACAUCAACAAGCGGUCAUGGCUUGAACCUUGGGCGCCUUCAUGAUAUUUUGAGUCAGUCACAACUUGGCCGAGCCGGGGAACUACUUUCGGUCCAACCAGACGAUUCAGAGGAAUUAGACUCUUUGCUGGCUCUGUAUGAAAACUUGAAAGCGAGGCUUCAGUCUUCACAAAGCAGGUAUGGGGACUUGAUGGAAGAUGAAGGGACAUUUGGUGAAAUCUAUCGUAAAUUACUCAACGAGAUACAAGGUAUCCAGAGCGAUUCAUCGAUGCCUUAUCGUGACGAGACAUUCGGCGGUAGAAAAUAUCGAUAGUACACGAUUUGAUCGAUAUGCAGACAAUUAAACAAAUUUUAAAGAGAACUGACAUCUUCUCUAUCUUAAAAAAUAUAUAAAAGACUGCGUGUGUGUAUUUAAUUUACAUAAGUAUGUAAAAAUAUCAAUAAAUUUUCAAUU